AGAAAGGAACCUUUUUUCUUCUGUAGAAUGGAGUGUGGCAUUCAGCAAGAAGCCGUUCAAAAGCAUCAGCCUGAGAUGGUGAUGGUUUGCUGAGCAAGUCCAGCAACCAUCGUUGAUUUUAUUUUAUUUUGCCUAUCGAGAGGCAGCAAUGGGCGUGGAGCUUGUCUAUGCGUUCACAGCGAUGAUGCUUGCAUCCUUCUUGCAUACUGCUGCUGGAGGGAACACCACUUGUGCAGGAAGCUUGACGCAGUGGUACACAAAUGCCGUGGGGGAAACAGCAUGUGAAACAUACCAGUCGCUCAGGCAAAUAUGCAACCCCAGCUAUCAGGUCCCAUCGUUUCGUCCAAACACUCCUGGCGACAAUUGUGAUGACCAAGUAGCUGAUUGCUGUUGUAAUUCCAUAUCAUGGGCGUUGAGUAUGCUCUGCAUGAAUUGUCAGUGGGAUGUCGAUAGUGGAUCACCCAAUGGCAUUGAUGCAGGUGUAGGCGCGUAUGGAAUGUAUCUGAAUCCAACUUGUGCUCCGGUCAACCAGUCUCUUCCUGCAGAAGUGCAAACAGCUGUUUGUAACAAGGGCAUUAAACUUGCCAACUUCCUAUAUUCGCUCUUCUGGAAUAACGGUGCAUGGUUCUACGUGUACACCGCAGACGACGCCCAGAAAGACGAAGCAGCAUCUAACAAUAACAUGUACAGUUCUAAUUGCGCCAACGCAGCUACGAGCUCGAUUCCUAGUCCGAGUCCGAGUCCGAGUCCGACCACGCCGAUUGCAACCCAACCGCCGGGAACACCCACUCCCAUCUCGAGCGCAGGCUCAACCAUGUCAAGCUCAAAUAUCGCUAUACAAAGCCCAUCUGCUUCGUCGAAGGACACAGCCACCACCGCGAAUGCAUCCCCACCGUCGAAGGGCACGGCCGCCACCACGAAUGCAUCCCAAAUAGUGAAUGGCACCAACGCUGGCAUCACGGGUACGAUGCCGCCAGCAUCCACAAAUAAUGCAUCGAGCGUCACAAACUCAUCAAACACGACUUCUCCCGGGGUAAUUGUGGGCGCUGUAGUGGGGGGAUUAGUGGGGUUAUGUUCCUUGCUUGCUAUUUUCUGGUGGCGAAGACGCAAUCGCGGUAUUUCGAAAGAUGGUGACAAUGCAAUUAGACAACAGACGACCGGUGCUUCGCCUUAUCCAAUCACAAACGCAGACGUAGCCCAAAUCGAUCCGUCACCCUACGGGUACGCCUUUGCGCGCAAACAGGCCCGAGCCAUGGCAGACAGUCCCUCCCCCGUGGAUCGUAUCCGGUCACUAGUAACCUCUUCUGCUCCUUCACAUUCGGACAUAAACGACGCCCAGGGCUCAUAUUCUCCUCUGUUCCAGGAGGCAGAUGCCCAUGAAAGUGCACUUAGACACGAAGACGCUGGUGUUUAUUCAACUCUCUCGCGCGUUGGUUCGGGAAGACUACCACCCGCCUAUGAUUCUAAUUGGAGAUCUUCUGUAGCAGGGAACGCAGGUCUCCUGGGGGAGCGAGCCACGUCAAAUGGAGACUUUGAUAGCUAACGCAGUGCGCUCAAUCGGACCAAUUUAUAUGAACGCUAUUGAGAUUUUAAUUCAUCUUUGAAAACUAUCCUUGAAGGUUUUGCCACUCCAACU